AUGAGUAGAGCAAGUACCUCAUUGUCAGAAGAAAACGGAGCGUCGAACGAUGGUAGAAAUGGAAAAUCAUUCACGAUUAAAAAACCAACAGAAGAAUUUCUGCUCAUGCUAAAAUGGAAAAAAACUGUUAAAUUUGUACAAAGAGUUUUCAAAAUUCUUCAAUCACCAUUUCUAAGACAAAAAUUUAUAGAAUGGGUAGAAAUAGUUGGAAAAGCAGAUUCUAAACGAUAUAAAGAUGAUUUAAAUUAUGAUACAAAACGAAUACGUUGGGAUUUAGAAUUUAUCGAUGACGUCAAAAUAUAUCAAGAAUUGUUCAACACUUUCGCUUCAUUGGGUUUUGACUGGAAACAGCCGGAAUUUAAAUUAGCUAAAUUGAAAGCACACUAUAUUUAUGAUAAAUACUUAUCCGAAGACAAGACAAAUAUACCACUCGAAAUUAUACCAUCUAUUACAGAUAGAUUGCAAUCGUCAAAUAAUGAUGAGUUAGAGUAUUUAAAUUUAUACAAUGAUCCUGAAAAACAUAUAUCAUACAAACUACUACAACUUUAUCAAAGAGGCAUCCAAGACAACUUUUAUACACAUCUUAAAACUCGUAUACCUUGUCCAACAUUAUCUAUGCAAACAAUACCACAAUCAGUCAAAGAAUUAAAAUUAUUGAGAAAAACAACGCCUCGACAAAAAUUACUUAGACAUCAAUCGUCUAAAGCAUCUAUCAUUGACACGGCAAUAUUCAAUGCUGAGUCAGAAGAAUUUGAUAUGAUAUUGAUUCCCCAUUAUGAAUAUACAACUCAAUUUGGUUUAAUCUAUGCUCCUAUUAGAGAAAAACGAAUUAAAAAAUUAAAUAAAUUUGACAAAAAAAGUAAAAAAAUAAAAUUAGUUAAAAAAAGAUCAAACCCUUCAGCAAAAAAAACCCAAAAAAUGAUGGAAAAAGAGAGAACAUUUUAUUCAUUAAAACAAUCAUCUAAUGAGCCCAGUGGGCAUUCAUUACCACAUGUUUCACCCAAGAUUAAUGUUACUCUAAUUCCUUUACUAGAUCCAUCUCAUGGUAAUCAAGUUGGAUGGCAAUCGCGUGAUGAAAUGUGUCGUAUUUAUUUAUCUGAAAAAUAUUUGAAAUUCAACAAACAUCUCAAUUCAAAUUCAAUUGCAUCCGAUAAACUUGCAUAUAAUUGGAACGAAGUCAUAGAAAGAAGAAUAAAACGAAAAAUGAUAUCAAAUUUACAUGGAAAAUGUGAAGAUGGAUUUCAAACAGAAAAACGAAAAUUUAAACCAGUGAAAAAAGUAUUCAUAUGUAAAAUGCAUGCAUACUCCGAGAAUAAUGAAUAUCACCUAUCACCAUUUAAUCUAAAAUUCAUUGUACCUUACCUGAUGACUGAAAAACCAGACGAUAAUUCUUUCAUGUCGCAUAAGUCAGCGAAAAUUGAGACAAAACAACCAAUAUUUGUUACAAUCGAAGAAGACGAGAUCAUUUCAGAAACAAAUGAUGAUUCUUCAAUGUUUGGGCAACGUCUAGUAAUUUCAACAGCACUCAAGUCGAAUAAAGUUGAAUAA